AUAAAAUCACUAAUACGACCACAAUACAUUCGUUUUCUACAAAAUAUAUAUAUAGUUGAUAACUGCAACAAAUAAAGUGAAUUGUCUGCUUUCAAGUUAGGAAAUAGGUUAGCGUAGUAUAUAGGCAACACCAUCAAUUUAAGGAAUUUGCGUUUAACAACCAAACAGGUUUGGAAAAACUCACUAAUAGAAUGAAGAAAUGUUAUCGAUGAUAGCACUUUUGCAGCAAAUAAAAGAAGAUGAAGCACAAUUAUUAGACCUUUAUCGAGUAUUUUUCAAUGGAAGGGAAAUAAAAUGGCAAGAGUUAAAAAUUGAUAAAAAUGAUCUUGAUUCUUACAUGAUGAAUCUUGGGUAUAAGAAGAGAAAUUUGAUCUUAAUUUCUUAUGCGCACCAUCUUCUAGAACUGCUUCGUAUGCCAAAGUUAGAUGCCCAUCAACUUGUUAAGUGUAUUCGCAUAGUGACAGCAGAUUGCAAAAAGUCUUAUAUUAUUGACCGACAAGAAGUAUCUCUUCGUUAUAAGAAUGUAUCUUCCUUGAAACUUAUAUUUAGCAACAUGCGAAAACCAUUCCUUAAUGAAUCAACAAACAAAGAUUUAUCUUUGCUCCCUAUUUCUUUCGAGCUUAGUUUUUCCUUGGUAUUUGGAGCAUUUCUUUUCAGCCUGAAAGAAGUAUAUUCGUUGUUCUAUCGGAUGUUUGAAAAAAUGAAGGAGACGAAAAAGUCUCCUUCUGCCAUGUCCUUGUUUGGUUUCUUUUCAAAAGAUCCUGAAUUCAGCACUCUUCGAAACGAAUACGAAAGAUUUAAUUCAAAAAUAUGUAAAAUACUUCAUAUGAUACUCGAAGAAGUUUCAAUUUGUCUGCAAUUAGGUAGAUAAUAGAGGAAGCUAUGGAAUCAAUAGAAAGGU